AUGCUUUUCCACACGCUGCUCGCGGCUGGUCUCCCUCUCACUACGGCCUUAACCCAUGCCGCUCUGGACUCACAACCAGCCGCUGCUGAGCUGUCACUCGACAAGAGACAGUCUAUAUGCGGCGUCUCUGGCUACGAUGAUGACAAUCACAAGCCAUUCGAAGUCAUCCUGAAGAAGGCGUGGAAUGCGGAACAAUGUUCGGCCUAUUGCAAGAGCAGGGCGAGGUGUCAGAGCUUUGCCAUUGGUAACGAUGAGUGCAAGCUGUAUUGUGAACCCGUGUCUGGAACUUACAAGUCGGGCCGGUCUCAGUACAAGUUCUACGGGAGAGAUUGCCCAUACAGUCCUUCCAAGCAGCUUGUCUCCCACAAGAGUGUCAACCACUGCUACAACAGUCACUACGAGCCUCUGAGAGUCCUAGUACGACAGCCUCUGCGAGUCCUAGUACGGCAGCCUCCACGACAGCCUCCCCGAGAGCCUUCACGACGACAGCCUCCACGACGACAGCCUCCCCGACAGCCUCCACGACAGCCUCUGCGAGUCCUACUUAUCGACGCCAGCACCAGCAGCAUCUGGUCGAAGAACUCCGGCACCACCAUCGACGCGGUGAAGACACAAGACAGCCUUCCCGCCACCGAAAUCGCAAUAACCUGCGAAUUUCUCCCCGAGACUGCCAACACGCUGAGCUGUGAAGACCCCACGAACACGGCGGUCAACAAGCUCGGCUUCUGCGCAAGUCUGGACAACAGUCUGGCCCUAGCGGACGGCGGUGCCGACUGCACAUUCUACAACUACCGAGCCGUGUGCGAGACAAGCCCUUUCACCCCGCCCUUCCUCAUCAGCGCAACCGACCCCGCCACGGGAAGUUUUCUAGGCUACAUCACCGCCGCCUACUUCUCCUUUGGCAUCCGGGACCUCACCACCACAGCCUCGGAAGCCCUGCAAGUGACCUACGACCCGUCCAGCGGUGAGACGGGACACCCAUCCCAAUUGACCAUCACGUCUCUCAACUCGGCCGACUAUCAAGAUCUCACACUCCUCUCCAUUCUAGCCUUUGUCCAGACUUCCGAGGACAAUCCCCCGCAGGACAUGCGGUCUGGAUCGAACAAGUACGUCAGUGGAUGCAGUAACAACACCACCACCUGCCCCUAA